AUGGAACUCAUAAGAGACUGGUCGGGCCUAAUUCAGGAGAUGUUAGUUGAGAUCACAAAACGUAUAGAAUUGGUGGAAGAUUUCAUGGCUUUCCGAGGAGGAGUUCCGUUACUUAUGCUUGCCGAGAAAGAAAACUGCGAUGAACUCGAGGUUUACAGCCUGUCCAAAAGAAAGAAUGCUAAGCGACUACCGCUCUCGGAGACAAAGGGUAGACGGUGUACGGAAGCUGGAUUUGGGUGGUUCUUAACGGUUUCAAGUUCGGGUGAGAUAAAUCUAUUCAACCCUUCUUCUGGUUCUCAGAUCCAACUUCUUGACUGUACAACCUUCCGCAAUUUUGAGGAUUAUGAUUAUAUGCUUCCCGAGUUUACAUUUAUAUUCAGAGUAGCUCUCUCUGCGAAUCCAUCCCACAACUCCAAACUCGUUGUAACUGUGAUUUACGGUGGUGGUACCGCCUUAGGGUUUUGGAGGUUAGGCGACCUAAUAUGGACAGGGAGAGAGCCAAACUUUACGAAUUCUAAUUGUUGGCGCGACGUUCAUUACUAUAGUGGAAAGUUUUUUGCUAUUAAUGCAUGGGGUGAACUUUGCGGGUCGGAUCAUGGAUCCUCCUCAUCCAUUCUAACCCGCAAAGUUUGUGGGUCAGAUAAAUGUUCAUCCGAUGUUGGCUGUCUCUGUGAUGAAUCCUCUUUAUCACAUGUGACGAUUGGUAUUGCCAAUAUUCAUUUAACGAUCGAUUGGAAUAUGGUGGUUGAAGGGUAUGCAUAUCUAUUAGAAUCAUCAAGUGGCGAGUUACUGGUUGUCACCCGGGACGGUGUUAGUGUAGAUGAUGAUUGA